CGACUUCCGACAAACGGAUGUCACUCCUCUCCCUUCUCCCGCCUGCGCCGGCCGCGGGCUGAUUUCCGCCUCCGGGUGGCGCUUCCCGGUGUCGUGUUCUGGAAGCUUAGCGGUCACCAUGGAGCUGCUGGGAGAGUACGUCGGGCAGGAAGGGAAGCCGCAGAAGCUGCGGGUGUCCUGUGAGGCGCCGGGUGACGGCGACCCUUUCCAGGGCCUGUUGUCUGGCGUGGCCCAGAUGAAGGACCUGGUAACGGAAUUAUUCGACCCCCUGGUACAGGGGGAAGUGCAGCACCGGGUGGCGGCGGCUCCAGACGAGGCCUUGGACGGUGAUGAUGAAGAUGAUGCAGAAGAUGAAAAUAACAUUGAUAACAGAACUAACUUCGAUGGACCAUCUGCAAAAUGGCCAAAAACACCGUCUUAACAGUAGCCUUCAUGACAUUUAAAAGAUGGCUGUUGUAUCCUUAUUGUCACACUAGGACAUUUAAGGAAGACUUAUGCUCUAAUUUGGAAAAGCAUUUGUGUUGUUCUCCUGGGACAAUUUUGUCAAAGAGAAAACUGGUUUUUCUGUUUCUAGCAAACAUAGUAAACGCUUAGAAAUAAAAUCUGUUUUCUUGAGAAAUAAAUUUCAGACCCUGGAAGGAAAAUAGAACACUUCAUAAUGUGUAAAAUCCUCUAAGUUGGCAACUGAAUUUUUAUCAUUGUUUUCUGUUUUUAAAAUAAUCAUUGAUUUGUGUGAUGUCUACAUCUUUUAACUUCUGGUUCUGUUAUAAAGAGUACAUGUCACGGUUCGUAGGCAGUAACAUUUCAGCGAACUGACAUGAACAAGUGGUGAAAAUUGGGCAUUAAAUGUAACAGUUUUUCAUAAAUAGAAGGAAAAUAAGGAAAUAGAAAUACUGAAGAGAAAGGAGAGUCCUUGAAAGAGACCCAAGGAAACCCUGAAUUCAUACCCACGUCAAAUAUACAGAUAUCCUGAGAUGAUGCCACUUGAUGAAUGUGCAUUAAUCUGAUUUAUCAUGUACCUUAAGAGAGCCAUAUGGGGUAUGUUUUUGUGCUGUGAUAUGGUAUGUAUACAGGUACAAAUAUAAGGCCUUAAGUAAACAAUCUGCAUUGAUUACAAUUUGGAUAUUUCCUCUCCUCCUGUAGCCAUACUUUGAUUUUGCUUUAAAAAGAUUAUUGAAUCCUUUUAAAAAUAUAUAUUCCUAAAAUAUG